AUGGCGCACAGCGAUCGCGCAGCUAAACGACAGAAGAAGAUGCCGGAACUACAGAUAGACACGACGACGCAGCAGAGUCCUGGCCUCAUCGUCGACAUUUGUAUCAACGGCGACGCGGUGCUUGUCGUUCAAGGCAUUGCAGGAAUACCGCAGUCUGUCGGCAUCCGAGUCUCGUCCAACGCGCUCACCAUCGCGAGCCCGGUCUUCCGCCGCCUUCUCGCACCUCCUGGCGGCCUCGCGCCACCAACGCCUGCACCGGGAAACGAAGAACUUCCGCAGCCACGAGAAGUCCACCUGGAGAACGAAGAUGGCGACGCGCUCUUCCUGCUCCUCAACGUCCUCCACCUGCGAAACGAUGCUCUCCCAACGCGACUCCAGCCGGAUAUGCUCGUCCGCUUCGUCGCCACCUGCGCCCGCUUCGAAUGCCUCAUUGCCGCCGGCCGCGCAGCCUCUCAAUGGCUCGACUACAUCUACACCAAACUCCAAAAAUCCACCCGAACCUCGCGCAACAGCCUCUCCUCCGCUUUCCCACCACCAACACCCUCCGGCACCGCCCCACCAACAACUCCCUUCUCCGCCAGUCCGGCUCCCAACGACACCCAAUCCCUCUUCCAGCUCAUCGAAGCCAGUCUAAUCCUCAACGACGCCCUCUUCUUCACCCGCUUCACAACCCACUUCAUCCUCACCCAACCCAUCCUCACCGACCCCAAAACCCAAACAACCUCUCCAACCCAACGCCCACUCUUCCACGCCCUCAAACGCCGCCAACGAGAAGCCAUCCAAGACCUCCGAAUCGACUUCGACCUCCUCAUCGAUCCCCUCGCGGAAACAAUGUCCGAAGACGCAAAACACUACGUCGACUUAGCUCCCGGCGAAAGACCCGACUUCAACCAGCUCGGUAACCCCGGGUACGUCUCACAGGAUAUUUGCACGAUCGAUAAUGAGAAUGGAACGGAUCUUCUCUCUGCUCUCCGAGACGCAAAUCUCUGGCCUGGAAUUCGUUGGCCUCUCCUCAUGAAUUCUACCGAUCCAACUCCAUCCGCGCGCUCGCAGACAGGAAGCGUCGUAGCCGCAGUGGAGAGAUUCCGAGUCCCGGACGCGGAUACAAGAGACUCGUGUUUUUGGUGUAUGCACGUGGAAGAUAAAUUCGCGACGGCGUUGGGUUUGGUGAGAAUGAUGCAUAAGGAUCGGAUGUGGGGGUUGUGCUUGGACUGCUAUCGCGCUGAGGGAGGUGUGAAUGAUUCUGGGAAUUGCAGAGUGGAACAUUACAAGGCGGUGGUCAAGGAAGGUGCUGCGAGGUUGCAGGUUUUGGGUGCUGCUGGACCGCAAGCCACUGCUGUUGGUAGGACGAUGAGCCAAGGAGCGCCGUUGGCUUCGAAUAUGGCCACUGGUCCUGCUGGCGAUGGCGGUGGUGCGAUGCAGAGUCAAGGAGGACCGCCGGCUUCGAAUGUGGCAAUGCAGGGCGGUGGUGUUGGUGGUGCGGCGCCGGUACAAGGUGGGCCUUCGUCUACGAACAUGGUGAUGCUGGGCGGUGGAUUUGGUACAAAUGGGCAAAAUGGAGGCCAAGCUGCAGGAGCAGGAGCUGGAAGCAUGAAUACCACGAGUGGCUGA